AUGGUAAUAGGACAGGGUGGAGUCCAGUUUGGUCUUGCCAUAAUUUGCACUUUCACAAGUGAGCCGCCAAAGCUUAACCGUUUCAAUGUUGGGCUUUACAAUAAAAUCAAAAAACAGGAAAAAGAUGCUGCACUCCGGGAGAAUGCAAAACUUAUGAACUGUGUAGCUGAGGAAAACAGAAAAUUGAAGUCAACCCAGAUGAAGCUGAAAAGACUUCAGGAAAAGACUGAUCUUGCAGAUGCGCAUUGUCAAGAACUUUUGGCAAGGCUGAAUACACCUGGAAAAGAAAACAGUGAGAGUGGAAAUUAUAAUUCCCUGAGGAGGCAGAUGAAUCCAACCAUACUUCAGAAUGGGAAGUCAAACCAGACUCAAAGGACAGCGGUUAAACGUCGUCAAGAGACUUUCAAUGCUGCCAUGGUCAUCCAUGGAGGAACAGAAGAAAACCCACGUCCUGCCAAUGAGGGCAUGUUUGAUACCUUGUGUAAAAGGAGUAAGCUUGAUGACAUGACCAAUCUUGUUUCAAGCAAUGCUAAGCUCCAGGCAAGGGUAGCAUCAGCCCAUUGCUCUCGUGAAAUAAGAUCAUUUGAAACUUCAGAUGAAAAUGUUCUUCGAAGUGUUGCCGCAUAUUAUAGUGGGGGAGUGAUGGGAAAGACAAAGUAUAAGUCAGUUAGACUUGUUUUGGCAACAAAGGCUAGUACAAAAAAGCAAGGGGGUAGAGAAGCAUUGUGCUUUAUGCAAAAAAGCCGAAUUCCCAAACUAUUACCAUAUGAUAAGUUGGUGAGUUAUAUCAAGCAAGUAGAUAUUGGAAAGGUUUACUCAGUCGAAGAAGAGUUUUCUAAUUAUAUUCAGGAGAAAAACACCCCUCCCGCUUCAGUCGAGAUGGACACAGCAGUCGAAUCAGGAAGUACUGAUUUCCAGGAAGGUUCACCAUGGCGUUAUCCACAGAGGAUUUGCAAACCACCUGACAGAUUGAACUUAUAG